AUGGCCAUAGCCAAUCGACUGAGCUUCUCGACCGUUCUCGCAGCAGUCGUUGUCUUCUUUUCUCUCCGUUGGCUCUUGGUUUCUAUAUUGCAUAAGCAACGGGCUCGGCGACUGGGUUGUAAGCCCGCGUUCAUCCGAACGAGCAAACUCCCGUUCGGAAUUGAUAUCCUAAGGCGCUAUAUUAAGGCGACACGGGAGCAGAUACUCCAGAAUGAUGAGUUGGUGCUGUAUGAAGAGCUAGGCCGACACCCAACAUGGAACCAAAAUAUCUUGGGCAAUUGGCAUCAUGUCACAGCAGACCCGAAGAAUGUGCAGGCUAUACUUGCGACAAAAUUCAAGGAUUUCGAGCUUGGCCCUUUCCGGCGUAAUUUGUUCGGUCCAGUCAUUGGAAAGGGUAUUUUUACUACAGAUGGACAGGAAUGGCAACAUUCUCGCACCUUACUUCGUCCACAGUUCGCUCGCGGUCAAGUCGCCGAUUUGCAGCUUGAGGAAAGUCACGUCCAACACCUUUUCCAUAGGCUCCCAGUCCAUGACAAUGCUUGGACAGAUAUCGUCGAUUUAGGGCCUAUGUUCUUCAAUUUAACUCUUGACUCCGCCACCGAAUUUCUGUUUGGGCAGAGUGUCAAUUCCCAGAUUCUUUCGUCGGAAGGAAACCGGAGCUUAGAGCCUGGCACAGCUGCGCCAGAUUUCCUGCCCGACGGGUUGUCCUUCGGCAAGUGUUUCGAUCGAGCCAAUGCCGUGGUCGUACUACGAAGCUGGCUGAUGGAUCUGUACUUUCUCUACUGCCCCGCACAAUUUCGAAAGGAUUGUGCUGAAAUUCAGGAAUUUGCCCGGUAUUAUGUUAAUCUCGCCCUGGCAGGGCAACAUCCAGGGACGAACAAAAGCGAUACUCCUUCUGAGUCUGGCUAUGUAUUUCUUCGGGAACUCGUCAAGGAGACAAGAGACCCCGAAGAGCUUCGCAGCCAACUUCUCAACAUUCUACUGGCGGGGAGAGACACAACCGCAGGCCUUUUAGGAUGGACAUUCUACCUACUGGCUCGUCACCCGGAAGUUUACAAAAAGUUGCGUACCGUCGUCAUCGACACGUUUGGAGAGCUUUCCAAUAACACUACCAUCACCUUUGAGUCUCUCAAAUCGUGUUCAUACCUGCAACAUGUUUUAUCUGAAGUUCUGCGACUGCACCCGGUCGUACCUGAGAAUAGUCGCCGCGCGGUAAGGAACACCACUCUCCCUCGGGGAGGUGGAGAAGAUGGUACAUCGCCAGUAUACAUCCGUGCUGGAGAAGAAGUGACCUACAACGUGCAUAUCAUGCACCGCCGCGAGGACAUCUGGGGCGAGGAUGCCAAUGAAUUUCGACCCGAAAGGUUCGCCGGGCGCAGACCGGGAUGGGAGUUUAUACCAUUUAACGGCGGACCAAGAAUUUGCCUAGGACAGCAGUUUGCCCUGACAGAGGCCGGAUACGUCGUUGUGCGGAUGCUUCAGCGAUUUGACAGAGUGGAAAAUAUGGACAAGUCCACUGCUGUCAAACAUAAAUACACGUCGACCACUGCCCCGGUUCAGGUUCUCGUGCGUCUGCAUAGCGCAUCUGAAUGAUAACCCAUAGGCCACAUUUCUUUGCUCCUGUCUUCGCAAUCAGUAGCGAAGCAUCAGAUUAUGGAAUCCAUAGUUUCAGAUUGCAGAAUUUCUUCAUUUAUCAUGAGAACAUAUUCACCAAGCGUUCAGACGCUUGGUGAAGUUGAAGAGCCGAUGUAUCUCUGCCAAGGCAGACACCGCGUUCAUGUUCAUCAGCUUUGUGACCUGUCUGGGGGUUGUCACGUAUACUUUCUUUGCGAGGAAGAGGUCGUGCGGUGUCAGCUAUGCUUGAUGGACUAGUACAUUAGGGCUGUUAAGGCUGGAAAGGGUCAUUAUACGGGAAUGGAACGAAUGGGACGGGGUUGGCCUAAUUGAAUGAUGGAUGGGUAAUGGCCUUAUGCUUGGGUGCUUGGAUUUACAGCAGUACGUGUUAUGGGUUAGCUAGAGAUAAUGGAUAAUCUUAUGAUCACAAUGCGGGGAGUUCGGAAUACGAUGUAGAGGG